AUGCGUUCUUCUGCCAUAGCCUUGUGGCUUUAUGGCUUCCUCUUAGCGACCUUCGUCUCUGUCGUUCAUGGAGAUACAGAGCCGGACUUUAUGAGUGUGCGAAAGAAUGUAACGAAAGAAUAUAAGAGCAAAACCCACAUACCGACGGAGAAAUACUUUCGUGAGUUGAUAUCCACAGCCUUUGGCGCUUCUUUAACUGACGUGGCAAUCCCCACAGAUGAAUCUGAGUUCCAUCAUCACUAUGAUGGCCGAUUCGCCAACGAGACUCUUCCGGAGACAGAGGUCGUUCCGUACCUCUCAGCCUUGAUUCAAACAUACUUCACAGCGAUGAACGCUAUCGGUGCCGAGACAUGGAUCAUGCACGGCACACUCUUGGCCUGGUGGUGGAACCAGAAGAUAUUUCCAUGGGACAAUGACCUUGACGUCCAGAUCUCCGAAGCAACCAUCCACUUCCUGGCCGACUACUACAAUAUGACGGAGCAUCAUUUCGAUAUCCCCGGUGUCGAAGGCGGCCGCAAAUACAUGCUUGAAAUCAACCCCAACUAUGUCGUCAAAUCCACGCAGGAUACAUUGAACAAGAUCGAUGCGAGAUGGAUUGACAUGUCGUCCGGUCUGUUCAUUGAUAUCACGGCCGUGAGGAAAGACGAGGAGAAGAGGAGCCAGGGAAAUCCAGAGGCGUUGAUGUGCAAGGAUAAGCAUCACUACGAUGAGAGCGAUAUUUUCCCGCUGCGCGACAGUGUCUUGGUCAAGAUUCCAUACGCUUAUACAUAUCUACUCGAGGAGGAAUACAGUGCAAAGUCACUCACUCGGACGAGCUUUUAUGGCCAUACAUUCAAUGAUCAUACCAAGAUUUGGGAGCCUGCUGUGUGA